CGUUUUUCCCCCGCUCGGGGCUUCCGAAUAUGUUUUAUGACGGUUGAUUUUACACCAGGAGGUUUGUCUCCGAGGAAGACCCAGGGAACUGGAUAUCUAGUGAGAACUUCCUACGGCUUCCCCUGCGACUCAAGAAAAUGGGAGCUGCUGCAAAGUUGGCGUUCGCAGUCUUUCUUAUCUCCUGCUCUUCAGGUGCUAUACUUGGUAGAUCAGAAACUCAGGAGUGUCUUUUCUUUAAUGCUAAUUGGGAGAGAGAUAGAACCAAUCAGACUGGUGUUGAGCCCUGUUAUGGUGACAAAGAUAAACGGCGACAUUGUUUUGCUACCUGGAAGAAUAUUUCUGGUUCAAUUGAGAUAGUGAAACAAGGCUGUUGGCUGGAUGACAUCAACUGCUAUGACCGGACUGAUUGUAUAGAAAAAAAAGACAGCCCUGAAGUAUAUUUUUGUUGCUGUGAGGGCAAUAUGUGUAAUGAAAAGUUUUCUUAUUUUCCGGAGAUGGAAGUCACACAACCCACUUCGAAUCCAGUCACACCCAAGCCACCCUAUUACAACAUCCUGCUCUACUCCUUGGUGCCACUUAUGUUAAUUGCGGGGAUCAUCAUCUGUGCAUUUUGGGUAUACAGACAUCACAAGAUGGCCUACCCUCCUGUACUUGUUCCUACUCAACACGCCUUUCAUAUAAUGAUAGAGGACCCAGGACCACCUCCACCUUCCCCAUUACUAGGUUUGAAGCCACUGCAGUUAUUAGAAGUAAAAGCAAGAGGAAGAUUUGGUUGUGUCUGGAAAGCUCAGUUGCUCAAUGAAUAUGUGGCUGUCAAAAUAUUUCCAAUACAGGACAAGCAGUCAUGGCAGAAUGAAUAUGAAGUCUAUAGUUUACCUGGAAUGAAGCAUGAGAACAUACUGCAGUUCAUUGGUGCAGAAAAACGAGGCACCAGUGUUGAUGUGGACCUGUGGCUAAUCACAGCAUUUCAUGAAAAGGGUUCACUCUCAGACUUUCUUAAGGCUAAUGUGGUCUCUUGGAAUGAACUCUGUCAUAUUGCAGAAACCAUGGCUAGAGGAUUGGCAUAUUUACAUGAGGAUAUACCUGGCUUAAAAGAUGGCCACAAGCCUGCAAUAUCUCACAGGGACAUCAAAAGUAAAAAUGUGCUGUUGAAAAACAAUCUGACAGCUUGCAUUGCUGACUUUGGAUUGGCAUUAAAGUUUGAGGCGGGGAAGUCUGCAGGUGAUACCCAUGGACAGGUUGGUACCCGGAGGUAUAUGGCUCCAGAGGUAUUAGAGGGUGCUAUAAACUUCCAAAGAGAUGCAUUUUUGAGGAUAGAUAUGUACGCCAUGGGAUUAGUUCUGUGGGAACUGGCUUCUCGCUGUACUGCUGCAGAUGGACCUGUAGAUGAGUACAUGUUGCCAUUUGAGGAGGAAAUUGGCCAGCAUCCAUCUCUUGAAGACAUGCAGGAAGUUGUUGUGCAUAAAAAAAAGAGGCCCAUUUUAAGAGAUUAUUGGCAAAAACAUGCGGGAAUGGCGAUGCUCUGUGAAACAAUAGAAGAAUGCUGGGAUCACGAUGCAGAAGCCAGGUUAUCAGCUGGUUGUGUCGGUGAAAGAAUUACUCAGAUGCAAAGACUAACAAAUAUCAUUACCACAGAGGACAUUGUAACAGUGGUCACGAUGGUGACAAAUGUUGACUUUCCUCCGAAAGAGUCUAGUCUAUGAUGGUUGCUGCAUCUGUACACAUUGAGAAUUGGGACUCUGAACUGGAGCUGCUAAGCUAAGGAAACUGCUUACAGUUUAUUUUCUGUGUGGAAUGAGUAGGACGCCUCCUGGAAAUGCAAGAACGCUCCUUGUUGAAAACGUGGCUCUGGGAGACUUACUGCAUUGCCUGCAGCACAGACGUGAAGGACGAGAGACUAAGAGAAAAGCUGCGAAUUAUAAAGAAACUUCUGGAAAAUGUACAUGAAGAAUGUGGCCCUUUCCAGAUCAAGGGUCUUUUGGACCUGGCUAAUCAAGUGUUUGAAAACUGACAUCAGAUUUCUUAACGUCUGUCAGAAGACACUAAUUCCUUAAAUGAACUACUGCUAUUUUUUUUUAAAUCAAGAACUUUUCAUUUCAGAUUUUAAAAAGGGUAACUUUUUAUUGCAUUUGCUGUUGUUGUUUCUAUAAAUGACUAUUGUAAUGCCAAUAUGACACAGCUUGUGAAUGUUUAGUGUGCUGCUGUUCUGUGUACAUAAACAAAGUCAUCAAAGUGGGGUACAGUAAAGAGGCUUCCAAGCAUUACUUUAACCUCCCUCAACAAGGUAUACCUCAGUUCCACGGUUGCUAAAUUAUAUAAUUGAAAACACUAACAAAAUUUGAAUAAUAAAUCAAUCCAUGUUUUAUAACAAGGUAUUACAAAUUCACUGUGUUAUUUAAGAAAAAAGGUAAGCUAUGCUUAGUGCCAAUAGUAAGUGGCCAUUUGUAAAGCAGUGUUUUAGCUUUUCUUGUGCUGGCUUGUAAUUUAGGGAAAAACAAAGUGCUGUUUUUGAAAUGAAAAAAUGGUGUCAUCCCACCCUCCUUUGCUUCUUCCCAUAUCAUAAGACUUCAUCUUAUAUCCAUGUCCCAAAAUAUUGCAUACUUAACCAGUAUAUAUAUA